CAUUUUCGUAACAAAGCUGUCUGCUAUGACGAAAGAAUACCGCUGUUUAGCUCACAAGCUACUCGGAGGACAUAAUUCCUUUCGCAGGGAUUUGACCAUGCGUACUGCCUGUGUGACAGUGUUGGUUUUACUGUGCGUACACUUAAACGGUGCGCAGUACGCCAAAGGAAACAGCUAUGGGGGAGUCAAACUGACAAUACUUCACACGAAUGACAUACACUCUCGAAUUCUCGAAAGUGAUAAGCGAGGUGUUCAAUGCAAUGAAGAAAAACGCAGGCAAAACAAGUGCUAUGGCGGCGUCGCCAGGAUUGCCUACGAGGCACGCAAGCUAAGGAAGUCUUCAAGAAAUGUGCUGUUCGUCAAUGCUGGUGACUUUUAUCAAGGAACACUAUGGUACUCUAUACUAAGGCAUAAGAUUGUGUCGGCAGCAAUGUCCCAAAUGGGUUAUGACGUAGUGUGCCUAGGAAAUCAUGAGUUUGAUGACGGACCGGAAGGACUGGCACCAUUUCUUCGGACAAUGAAUAAUGUGAAUGUGACGGUUCUGGGAACAAACCUUGACACGUCUGCCGAGCCGAGCUUUAGGAGCAUCUAUCUUCCAAAGUCUACAGUGUACACUUUUGAUGGCCUCCAGAUAGGUUUCCUGGGUGUCGUUACAACUGAAACAAUUACGAUAGCCAAACCUGGUCGCAUCGCGAUACUGCCAGAAGUUGAGAGUAUAAACCGAGAGAUUGCCAAGCUCAAGCAGCGAGGUAUCAAUACUUUCAUCUUAAUAAGCCACGUAGGCUUCGACGUCGACCAAAAAAUCGCGGCGGCAUGCCCUGAGCUCGACCUUAUUAUCGGUGGGCACACAAACACGUUUUUAUACACAGGAGCCCCACCAGUCGACGAUAAGCCCGAAGGUCCGUACCCUGUCGUGCAUAAACGAAGCGAUGGAACGUACUGCCUUAUUGUGCAAGAUUACCGCUUUGGAAAAUACCUGGGUCACCUCCGUAUGGAAAUCAGCCGACAAGGAGUCAUAACACACUGGAUUGGCAAUCCAAUACUGCUGAGCCAGGAUAUACCUCAAGAUCAGCGGAUUCUGGAGAGCAUGAUGCCGUACAAGAAGAUUGUCGACGACGCAAUCAAAAAAGCUGUGGGCUCCACGAAAGUUGUAUUGGAGGCCGAUGGAAAGUUGUGUCGUUACAGGGAGUGCAAUUCUGUGAACCUGAUGGCUGACUCAUUCUUGGACUUCUACGCAAACAGGGACAGCCCUUUUCGGGGAGCCUGGUCUAUUGUAAACGCAGCCGUCAUAAACGGAGGCAUUGCCAGGGAUACUAUAAGACAGAAUUCAAACGUCACACUUGGAGACCUCCUAGGGGCGAUGCCGUACGACAGUGAUUUAGUAGUCAUGGACAUGAGAGGAAGUGAACUGUGGGAUAUGUUUGAAUACAGCGUGAGUGAUUUCACUUGGUAUCCAGACCUGAAUGGAAAAUUUUUGCAAGUUUCGGGUGCGCGAGUUAUAUACGACUUCCGCCAGCCAAAUGGUAGAAGAGUUGCAUCUCUGAAAGUGCUGUGCGCCAACUGUAGCAUUCCUGUGUACAAGCCAGUUAGGAGAAAUAUGGUCUACAGUAUUGUGACGACUUCAUUCAUCUCAAACGGAGGCGACGGAUUCAAGUUCAGCAAGAGUGUUACUAAGCGCACAGAAGGUGUCAGCGCCUUCGAUGUAUUUUCGAGGUACUUCACCAAAAUGUCACCCGUGAAGACUCCCGAGGAGGACAGGGUUAUCGUGCUAAAUCUUCCGAGGAGAGGAAACAGUGUACCGUACAGAUAAAACACGAAACUGUUAUAUGUCCAUAUCUUCUUGAUAAAGAUUGAACGUGAAGUGAC